AUUGAUUUAGUAGCUAAAUAUAGCUUGUAUAAUGUAUCAAGGUUUAAAAUUUUAAUCAUUGCUCAUAAAAUAUCAAAACCUUUUUCGUUUACACAAAAAAUGUGUAUGUGAGCUUAACGUUUACAGAUGGCAUUUCAAAGUUAUACUUUUAAAAACUGUAUACUUUUUAUAUGCAUUACAAGCCCAAUUUGGCUUUAUCCCAGUGUUUAAAUCACAUUUAUUUGUAUAGCGGUUUACACAAUAGCCUACAUAUCGUUUCAAAGCAGCUUUAUGGAAAAUGCAUGUUUCUACAAUUCAGAGUAAUCUGUUAUCAGAGGUGACUGUGUCAAAUUAAUGUCCAUAUGUCAGAAAUGUACAGUUCUGAGAUAAUACAAAUCAUGCAGUUAACUAACAUCAUGUGUUAUUUUAAACAAUGAUCUCAUCAAAGCAGUUAUUACAAGUUGUGAUCAUGAUGAUUACAAUAUAUAGAAAAUUUGGCAAUUGUGUUUACAAAAUAAAACACAAACGCAGCUCUUUUCAAAGUCCAUGUAGUCAUUUCAUCAUAAAUGCAGCAUUGUAAUGUUUUUUUUUUUUUUUUCAUUACAAAUAUAUGAAUAGCGUGUGUGUGUGUGUGUGUGUGUGUGUGUGUGUGUGUGUGUGUGUGUGUUAUUCCACCGCAUUUUUAGACAAAUUAUAGCGGUCGGUUAACAAUUGAAUAUUUAUUUGUACAGCGCUUUUCACAAUACACAUUGUUUAGAAGCAGCUUUACAGGAAGUUCUACUUUAACAGAACGGGUUUAUGUAUUUAAAGUUACUAAUGAAUAGUUUCAAACACUAUUCUUUAAAUAUGUGGUUUUACAAUAGCCAUAUUUCACAAAAAUAGUGAAGCAUGCAUUAAAGACUACCUUUUACAGUAGCCUAUAGCAAAAUGCAUUUUAAAUAAAUAAACAAGAAAUUAAAUGAAGGCCAAAGGGAUAUCUGCAAAAGCUGUCUAUCUUAUAUGCUUUUCUUUCUGACUUUGCAGCGCUACUGUCACAUGGGCGUGGCUAAACAUAUUACUUUGCAUAUCACGUGAUGGUGCAUUAACAAAUCAACAAUUACCUUGCUCGUAUUCUUUAGGGGUAACUAAAAACGGUUUUAAGAAGCGUUCGGGCAAGCUCGUCAGAAAUGUGCGAGCACAAUCUUCUUAGUUCUGGCUAUGUUGCUCCCCUUUUGAAUUUCCACUCUCCCGACUCCCUGUACCUCCAAAACCUGCGAGGCAAUGGGGUCCAUCUAUCUGGGCUUCCACAGAUGUCCUACAGUAGAAGUGAGGUGUGCUCGCUCCCGUGGAGUUCUCCAAAUUCGUGCACUACUCCGGCCCAGAGCCGCGCCUACAGUGGCUACUCUCAGCCGUUUUUUAGCAAUUCAGCCGCUGUGAGCGCUAGCCUCAACACUCACAAAAAGGGCUCACUGGAGGAAUCCGGGAGGUACUACUUCCAAGAUGUCAGCCACAAACCAGAGGAGCCAGGUCGACCUAAUGCAGCUUACGCAGGAGAGCAGAGCUCUGUCAGCAACGAAGUUUCAAACUUGGAAAGGCGACAGCAGAACAGGGUUGCACAGAUUGAACUGAACUCCAUUGACCAGCCAGUGACCGAUGGUUCAAAGCCGUCUGUCAGCUCCAGCGCUCCAUUCCAACCAUCAGUGAGCACCCAGACUAUUAGGUCAGCCUUCUCCGAUGGACUACCGUGGUGUCCCUCACAGGUGAGAUCAAGAAAAAAGAGAAAACCUUACACGAAGCCACAGUUAGCCGAACUGGAGCACGAAUUUAUGAUAAACGAAUUUAUAAACCGACAGAAACGAAAGGAGCUUUCGGACAGACUGGAACUAAGUGAUCAGCAAGUGAAAAUCUGGUUUCAGAAUCGCAGGAUGAAGAAAAAGAGACUUAUGAUGCGCGACCAUACCUUCACUAUAUACUAAGAUUGUUGUUUGUUUGUUUGUUUUUUUCUCCCCAACAAUUUAAGGGUUUGUUUUCAGGUGGUGACAUCAUUCAUACAAGAGACUUUUCUUGAAUGUCCACCAAACUAAGCUAUGGAAACGAUUUUCUCCCGAACACCCAUGAAAUGUAAUUUAAUAUGCAAGCUGAAUAUUUUGUGAUUGAUAUUUAUUGAGUCGCUGCAUUAUGUAUGUGUCUGGUGUAUGUUUUUGGUGGAAAAGCGAUAAUUCCAAAGUUGUAAUGUUAGCUUGCUAUAUAGCCUAAAAUGAAUGCUUUGUAGUUUAGAACAGCAGCAAAAUUUAGAGUAGACACGUGUAUAUUGGAUUCAUGACAUACAUUCUGGCAUCAUUUAAAACUACACUGGGCAGCUAACAUCUAACUGGGAGUCAUUACAUUUUCAGACGUUGUAAUCAUUUUGAGAAAACCUAAUUUGUAUCUUGCGAUCUGAACGUACAUUUUGCCUUUUUUUUUUUUUUUUUUUGCGUUUUUAAUCAAACAUGUUAUAUGUAAUAUUUAUUAAGUGUUCUGUAAAUUCUGCAUUAUAUUAAACUUCUGCAUUCUUGUGCAAUAUUUGUCUGUUUUAAUUCAGUGGGUGGUUCAAAAA